AUGGGCGACGACAUAUGCCGUGAUUCAGCUAUGUUGGGCGACAAGGUCCAAGUUGAACGUAAGGAGUUGGUAGAAUUACGGAUGCUCACCCACGAGGAGCAAGAUGUCGAGAAAAAGCUCGUACGCAAGAUUGACGUUCGCAUCCUGCCGAUAGUCUUAAUGAUAUAUCUCAUGAACUACAUCGACAGAAACAAUUACCCUGCCGCGCGUCUACAGGGUUUACAGGAUGAUCUGGGCUUUACAGAUCAACAAUACCAAACCGGAUUGUCGAUUUUGUUCGUUGGAUAUGUUCUAAUGCAAAUUCCGUCGAACAUGCUUCUCAAUUAUAUCGGCAGACCAUCACUGUAUCUCGGAGCUUGUACAGUAGCGUGGGGACUUGUGUCUGCCAUAACAUCUCUUGUUAAAGGGUAUGGCUCAAUUGCUGCCUGCCGAUUCCUUCUCGGAUUUGUCGAGGCUCCAUUUUUCCCCGGGGUGAUGUUCUACCUUAGUAAAUGGUACACCAGAAAGGAACUGGCCCUUCGCAUGAGCGUCUUCUACUGCGGCUCCUUGGUGAGCGGAGCAUUUGGCAACCUUAUUGCGGCAGGUAUCUUGAGCGGAUUGGCAGGAGAACGAGGAAUAUCUACCUGGCAAUGGCUAUACAUCAUUGAGGGUUGCGUCACCAUUGUUGUUGGACUCGCUGCCGCAGUUUUGCUGCCCGACUUUCCCCACACAUGGAAAGUUCUUCCUCCAGAGCAGCGCAACAUCGCUAAUCGGCGCAUGGCAAUCGAAGCCGCUGAAGCUGAUCUGGAUCAGGAAAUGGGCAUGAGUCAAUGGCAAGGACUGAAACUGGCUUUCCAAGAUCCCAAAACCUACGUUCUGGCCCUAGCCGACUGGGGUCUUGCGGUCGCCGGUAGCUUCCAGAAUUUUUUCCCUACCCUGACGGCAACACUUGGCUAUGGCCAUAUCGUCUCUCUGGUUCUCAUCGCACCGCCAUACCUGUUUAUGGUCGUCUUCAUUCUCGGACACUGCUACCUAUCAGACAGAUUGGGUCACCGUUUCUGGUUCUUCGUUUAUCCCAAUCCGCUAGCCCUGGUCGGCUUCAUUAUUUUUACGGCAAUAAGUUCCUUUGGACCACGCUACUUCGCUUGCUUCCUAUUUUGCUUUUCCUUUACAGCAAUACCAACACUGUUGUCCUGGGCUUCGACUUCACUCCGACGAACACCCCUCAGUGAAGUGCAUGAAGUAGUCUAUUUUGACCAUCCAUGCCUAGAAUAA